AUGCCCGGGGGCAGCGCGCUCCUGCUCGCCUCCCUCCUCGUCGCCGCGGCCCUCUGCGCCCCUCGGGGGCUCGCGGCUCCGGCCAAGGAAAAAAGAGGCUGGACCCUGAACAGCGCCGGCUACCUGCUCGGCCCACAUGCCAUCGAUAACCACAGGUCAUUUCACAACAAGCACAGCCUUGCCGGCAAGCGUGAACUCCAGCUGGGAGAAGAGGUGAAGCCAGGGAGCAUCGAUAGGCUGCUGGCCGAGAGCAGCAUCGUGCGCACAGUCAUUGAGUUUCUGACUUUCUUGCAUCUCAAAGAAGCCGGGGCCCUCGACCACCUGCCCUCGGCCGUCUCCUCCGAGGAAGCGGAGCCGGCCUGA